AUGGGUAUUCCGAAGUUCUUCAGAUAUAUCUCGGAGCGCUACCCGCUGACUUCGCAGAUUAUCGAGGAGGAUAAGAUCCCGGAGUUUGACAAUCUCUACCUCGACUUCAACGGAAUCAUUCACAACUGCUCACAUCCCAACGAUGAGGACGCGCAUUUCCGACUAUCUGAGGAGCAGAUAUUCACAGCCAUAUUCGCAUAUGUGGAUCACUUAUUCGGGAAGAUAAAGCCAAAGAAGCUGUUCUUCAUGGCUGUCGACGGAGUGGCGCCGCGUGCGAAGAUGAAUCAACAACGCAGUCGGCGUUUCAGGACGGCGAAGGAGGCGCGUGAGGUGCGCGAGAAGGCGCUUAGGAACGGAGAGAAGCUGCCAGAUGAGAAGGCGUUUGACAGCAAUUGUAUCACGCCCGGGACAUUAUUCAUGGCGAAGCUGUCUGAGCAGCUGAAGUACUUUGUAAACAAGAAGAUAUCCGAAGAUGCGAAUUGGCGCGACAUUCAGGUCGUUCUAUCUGGACAUGAGGUUCCCGGAGAGGGCGAGCACAAGAUUAUCGAAUACAUUCGCCUAUCGAAGGCGCAACCCAAUUAUGACCCAAACAUGCGCCACUGUUUCUACGGAUUGGACGCCGACCUCAUGAUGCUGGGCCUGCUCAGCCAUGACCCACACUUCUGCUUGUUGCGUGAGGAGGUCAAGUUUGGGCCCGCGAGAAGAAAGCAUAGCGGCGGGUUAGAGUCGAUCAACUUCUAUCUACUCCAUUUAUCGCUUCUGCGCGAAUACUUGGACCUGGAAUUCCAAGAUCUACGUCAUAUUCUUCCGUUUGAGUACAACCUUGAGCGUGUCAUUGACGAUUUCAUCGUCCUGGCCGUCUUCAUCGGCAAUGACUUCUUGCCGCAUCUGCCGGACUUGCAUAUUCAGGAGCAUGGACUGGAGAAGUUAUUUGACGUCUAUCUGAAAGUACUGCCGUCUCUUGACGGCUACAUCAACGACCACGGUCAAGUCAACUUCGUACGCCUGCAGGCGAUCAUGAACGAGAUGGCCGAUUGGGAGCGAGAUAUCUUCGAGAAGGAGUUCUCGGACAUCAAUUGGUACAAGGGCAAGCAGGCGAAGCAUGUCAAGCAGACGAAGCAGAGCGCGCAGAAGGGCGGUGGUCUCGUCCUGACACCGGGUCAGCGCGCGAUCUUCGACAAGGUCCAGGCGUUUGUACUGGAGUACCGGAAGUCGAUCUCCCCUCACAAGCUCGGCGAUGCACGCCUCACUAUGCCGAACUUGUUCCCGGCGGGCGAGCGGAAGUUCAUCACCGAUCUUACCAAAGACUUGCACUUGGACGUGACUUGGGACGAGUACGACGACUAUGACCAGAACCUGGUGACGAUUCGCUUCCCUGGCGCGCUCGACGAGCCCGUUCCAGUGGGCGAUGACGCUGAGGACGACUCGGAAUGGGAGGAGGACGAAGAGGCGCAGCAGGCUGUUGAUCGAGUGCUGAAGAAGUACGACAAGGCGCAUGUCAUCAACGACGAUGAAGACGGUGAUUUCGAUACGAGGCAUGAGCGUGCGAUCUUGGAGAAGAUGGAUGAGUGGAAGAGGGGUUACUAUAAGGGGAAGCUCAACAUCGACUAUGAUGAGCCAGAACAGCUCUACCCGCUUGUAUACCGCUGGGCGGAGGGUCUGCAGUGGGUGAUGUACUACUACUAUCGCGGUGUGGCGUCGUGGAGUUGGUUCUACGACUAUCACUACGCCCCGCGUAUUUCUGAUCUGAAGGGACUGGACAAGAUGGAGUUCAAGUUCGAGCUUGGUACUCCGUUCAAGCCCUUCGAACAGCUGAUGGGCGUCUUGCCCGAGGCUAGUAAAGAGCUCUUGCCUAUGGCUUUCCGGGAACUCAUGUACGACCCGAACUCGCCUAUCUUGGACUUCUACCCGCAGGAGUUUGAGCAAGAUCUCAAUGGCAAGAAGCAGGAUUGGGAGGCUAUCGUCAAAAUCCCGUUCAUUGACGAGAAGCGUCUCUUGCGAGCGAUGUCAGCGCGCGAGGCCCGGCUAUCAAACGAGGAGAAGAACCGCAACUCGUUCGGGACAAGCUGGACGUUCCGCUACAACACCGGUGAACCAACGGUUUACCCAUCAUCUUUGCCCGGUUUCUUCCCACCACUAACCCGAUGCACGACUACGAUGGAACCCUUCCACUUGCCCACCCUGGAAGGUCUCCACCUCAUCAAGGGCUUACUCAAUGGUGUCAAGCUCGGCGCUGACGCGCUCGCUGGUUUCCCGUCGCUCAAGACCUUACCGCACAAUGCGACUCUUGGCCAUCACGGCGUGAACGUGCACGGCUCGGAGAGCCGCAACAAGUCCAUCGUCAUUCACAUCAAGAACCCCUUCGAGGCACAGAAGCCAGAGGAUGUCGCUAAUGCGCAUAUCGGGAAGAAGACGUUCAUCGGCUGGCCGUUCCUCCAGGAGGCCACGGUGGUCGCCGUGUCCAACUCACUCUUCAAGUAUGAGAAGAUGAGCGUCGUUCAGGGCGCACCUCCCAGAGUUGUUGCGAAUCCGCAUAGCCAGCAUGGUCUCAGCAUUUGGAAGUCGAAGGCAGAGCGGAUUGAGUCUGUAUACUCUAAGAAGGCAGGUGUCCUGACGGGGGACAUCGACAUGCUUCUCCAUGUCCGGCCGUUGAAAGGUCUCCAGCGCCUAGAGUCUGGUGCUCUUGUCAAGGAAUAUGACGGCCCGCAUAAGGAGACGGAGGUCGCACUGCAGAUGGCCGUGGCCGCGGUCGUUUCGGAGGAUCCGCGGUUCAUGGAGCGUGAGCCGCCCCCGCUCAGCGAGGAGUUCCCAGAUGGCACUCGCGUGUUCUUCCUGGGCGAGCAUGCGUACGGUGUUGCUGCUCAAGUCUCUGCGACAACACAAGACUCUCUGUCUGUCAUCCUCGCAUUCUUCCCCUCGGACAAGGCGGAUAACGACAAGUUCAAGUCAAUCGUCCAUCACCGUAGCCAACUACGCUACUAUCCGUCAUACAAGGUCGCCGAAUUGGUCGGCAUCUCAAGCCGAGCCCUAUCGCGCGUCACGUCCAGCUUCAUGGUGCUCUCCGAGGGCCAGAAGAUCAACCUCGGGCUCAGCUUGAAGUUCGAGGCGAAGGGCAUGAAAGUACUCGAUUACUCGCGCAAGGAUGGCCGUAACUGGGAAUUCAGCGAUCAGGCCAUCGCGCUGAUCAAGGAGUACAAGGCCAAGUAUCCUCAGGUCUUUCGGUGUCUUGACACCAACGGUGAUGAUAUGGCGAGAGCCACCGAUAUCUUCUCCGAGGAUGCUGGUGCACAGGCCAAAGAAGUUCGUUCUUGGCUCAACACCAAGGGUGUGCGCGACUUCGAGCCUGUCUCACUGUUCUGCGAUCAACUCAAGAAGGAUGCCGUCGCCGAGAUCGAGAAAGUGGCAGACGAGGCCAACGCGAACCGGGUUCCAGCUGCCAUCAAAAAGGCAAUCGUCAAAAAUAUCCCACGCCGCGCGCUGCUCAAACCCGCUCACGCCGUCUACCGCCUUCAAAAUCAGGCAUUCUCCCUUGGCGACCGAGUGACGAUGGUACAGGACUCCGGCGCUGUCCCCCUCUCCGCAAAGGGCGUUGUCAUCGGUCUCAACAACAAGACCAUGGACGUAGUGUGGGACUCGACGUUCCUCUCCGGGAGUACCCUCAAUGGGCGAUGCUCGCAAUACCGAGGAUCGACAGUAGACUUUAACUCUUGUCUCAACCUUAGCAACCCCCAGUUUAUCGCGUCACUGCAGCCCAACGGGACCGCAGCUGCACCUAAUCAGCCCUUCCGCCCCCGCAUCGGCCACAAUCCCGCCGCCAACAACCCUCCAGGUUAUCAGGCUGCCUCAGGUUUCCGCCCAGCGCCGCAGCGUCCGGGGCAAGCGCCCGUGAGCAUCAUGUCGAACCCUCACCGUGGCGGGAGAGGAGGAUUCGCGAACGGCCGUGGCGGCCACGCUGCUCCGGCUGCUGAUGGCGACGGCGCCGCGAAUGCGGCACCUGCAGCGCGGGGUGGCUUCGCCCAUGCCGCGCGCGGAGGUGGCCAUGCUCAACCAAACCAUCUCACGCCCGUACCGCCUGCCCGUGGCGGUUUCAAUCCUGCCUUCGGACGUGGCCGUGGAGGAUUUGUGCACCGUGGGGGCCCACGAGGAGGCCGGGGCGGUCGUGGGCGUGGGGCUGCUGCCGUACCGUCUUGA